AUGAGUGAAUUGUGUCCAGUUUACGCUCCAUUCUUUGGUGCUAUCGGUUGUGCUUCAGCCAUCAUUUUCACUUCAUUUGGUGCUGCCUAUGGUACUGCCAAAUCUGGUGUUGGUAUCUGUGCCACUUGUGUUUUGAGACCAGAUUUGUUGUUCAAGAACAUUGUUCCAGUGAUUAUGGCUGGUAUUAUUGCCAUUUAUGGUUUAGUGGUCUCUGUCUUGGUCUGUUAUUCUUUGCAACAACAACAAGCGUUGUACACCGGGUUCAUUCAAUUGGGUGCAGGUCUUUCUGUUGGUUUGAGUGGGUUGGCUGCCGGUUUUGCCAUUGGUAUUGUGGGUGAUGCGGGUGUUAGAGGUAACUCUCAACAACCAAGACUUUUCGUCGGUAUGAUUUUGAUCUUGAUUUUUGCUGAAGUGUUGGGUCUAUACGGUUUGAUUGUUGCCCUAUUGUUGAACUCCAGAGCUACUCAGGAUGUUGUUUGCCACUACUAG